AUGGCAGCUUCAAUAGCCCCCGAAUGCAACAACAUCAAAGAAAAGUACGACACGUGCUUCUUGAAAUGGUACAGCGAAAAAUAUCUCCGCGGCAACACGACUUCCAACGAAUGCGAAGAGCUUUUCGCCAAAUACAAAACCUGUCUGACCAAAACUCUGAAAGAGCGAGGCAUCGAUAACAUGCUGGACGAAGCGCGGAAGAACACACCGGAGACGGACUCCGAAUACAACCGACGAACGUGA